UCCUCUUCUCAAGGAAGAAUCUCCUUUUUCUCUCUUUCACUUCUUUCUUCCUUCUUUAAUUAAUGCAUUGUUUUCUUCACUCAAAUUUUAAGUUUAUUUUGCUAGAUGAUGGCAUUGACCCUUCAUUGUUCCCUUACUUGUGACAUAACCUUAGUGUUAUUGUUAAUAACAACUUCAAGAUUCAAUCAAGAAACCCCAUUUUCCACUGCUUAAUAUUACCAUAUAGUUUUUCAUAAUUCUUACACCCUAGAAAAAAAGAUAUGGAAGUUGGAAGGGUUAAUGAAAGUUGUAACAUGACUACUACUACUACUACUAAUAAUGUUUUGCUUCCAAAUGAAAAACUUUCUCAUUGUCUCUGGAUGUCCAAUUCUUCCACCUCUUUCCAUGGUAAAAGGCCUGCAACAAUGGUUAAUUUCAAAGAUGGAGAAUUAACUAAAGAGAGGCCAUUUUUCACACAAAUUGACAAAGAAGAAACAAGCAAUGAUGAUUAUGAUACUUGUUUUCACCAACCAGAAAAAAAGAGAAGACUUUUGCCUAAUCAAGUUCAGUUUCUUGAGAAGAGUUUUGAGGUAGACAACAAGCUUGAACCAGAGAGGAAAGUUCAAUUGGCUAAUGAACUUGGGUUGCAACCUAGGCAAAUUGCUAUUUGGUUUCAAAACAGGCGUGCUAGAUACAAGACUAAAGUACUUGAGAAGGACUAUGACGUUUUGAAAGCUAACUUUAAUAAACUGAAGGAUGAUUAUGACACCCUUUUCAAGGAGAAUGAGAAUUUGAGAAAUGAGGUUAAUUUGCUGACAGACAAAUGGCAUAGGAGGGAGAAAGGGAAGGAAAACUCAGAAAAAAGUGAACCAAUUAGCCCAGUAGAUGCACAAGAGGCUAAAAAAUCAACUCCAAUUGUUGUUACUUCAAAUGUGCCAAGUAUACCAAAGCUAGUGUGCAAACAAGAAGAUGCAAGUUCAGCAAAAAGUGAUGUUAUUGAUUCAGAUAGUCCACAUUAUACUGAUGGAAAUCAUUCUUCAAAUGUACUUGAGCCAGAGCCAUCUGAUUAUUCUCAAGAUGAAGAUGACAACUUAAGCAAGAGCUUUUUAUGUUUACCAGAAAUUGGGGAUCAAAUUCAAACUAAUUCAUGCAAUCUGAGUUUCCAAAUUGAGGAUCAGCCUUGUUGGUUCUGGCAAUAUUAAGUUUUUGAGUUUCAAGAUUUGGCUCAAUCCUACUUUAGUGUUCCGAGGCAAUUGCUAAAAUUUCUUAUGUAGUCUUACACUAUUUUAAUCAAUAAUAUGCUGUAUAUAGGAUUACUAAGUAGUAGUUUAACUAAAUGAGGUGUCUUUAGACUCUUUAUUAGCUUUGUUCCAAAAGAAGUUGUGAUUGGCCUUUUUUCUUUAGCUCAGACAAAAAUGGUACUAUUGCCUUUU